GUAACCAAGCUUUUCCCAUAGAAGGGCUUGGCCACAACCCCCUUGGGCCUUGGACUGCAUGGUAUGGGCCAGGCCCAAUGGCCUGUGGAUGGGUUGGGGCUUGGUUAUUGAGUGAUGGUCCUCUUGUUCUAUCAAGGUGCUAUGGGCUGAGGAAUAUCAUGAUCUCGUGCCGUAAACUGCAGAAGUUGGCUUUGGCUAACUGUGCAAAUCUUUCAUCAAUAUCAAAACUUAAUGGCUCAGAUUCUUUUUCAUUUAGAUACUCUGGACCGAUAGAUAUGAUUCCUAUCUUGAAUUCAGAGAAUAACAAAUUUCAUGGGCGGUUUGAUUUGUGCAGCACAGUCAUUCAUCAAAGUGCUGGAUGGUUCCUUCGAUUGAGGCAUAAACUCAGCAGCUUCAAUUGUAAGAAGUCUUUGUAUGUCACCCUUAAUCCUCAUCAGGACAAGAUCUGUUUUGAUCUCAAAGAAAUUGGAGAAAUCCCACUUCCCUCGCCAUUGGAACUCGAGGAUUUGACACUGAUGCGUUUAGAGAAAUCAUCACUGGAUUAUUCAGCACUCCUAGAUGGGUUUCUUUGGUGUUGUCAUCCGAAGAAAAUAUCAGUUCAAUCACAAUUUGAGUCAAUUGGCAAACAUAUAGAGUUACUUCUUGAGGAGUUGAUGGCCAAAGAGAUUCAAUCAUCUUGCUGCAGUUCCAGCGACAUCAAGUGUUGGCGACAUUAUUUAGAAGACAUAACUCUUGAAAGCAAGAAAGGCAGCAAGAAUUUUAGUUAUAGAUUGACUUGGCGCUCUACAUAGUAACUAAGAAGACUUGAUUAAUUUGUCAUAUGCUAAUUGUUUUCUUUGCCGCUUCUUUUGUUUCAAAUCGGCAGAGAGAGCGCAAGAGAGAUCUUGUCGAAAUGAAUUUCGAAUGCACAUUAUCAAUCAAUGUUGUUGGACUAGUUGAUGGUUAUUGUUUGAUGAUAUUCUGAAAGUUUCAGCUCGUCUGUAAACUUGACAGGCCAAAGUUAAACCCAUUUUCUUCUAGAAUGGGCAAUGUGCACAUAAUAAUAUUAUGCAUAUAAGGCAGAUUUUUAUUCCUUGGA